AUGAUCACAAUAACAGUACACAACAAAAUAUUUUCAUUGUUUUCAAUAAUCAUUCUCUGUGGAGCACUUGUACAAGAUGUAUACAGCUGGGGUCUCAUUGGACACGGUCUUGUUGCUCGUCUAGCUCAGAGCCAAUUAACUGAUGAAGCGUCUCAUUGGGUUAAAUCUCUUGUUCCUUGGUAUUUAUCAGGUAAUUUGACUGCUGUAGCAGUAUGGGCUGACGGUAUUCUUUAUCCGGAUACAAAUCCGUUUGGUCAUCCAAACUGGCAAUGGAGCCGACCACUACAUUACAUCAAUACACCAUCUGGUAUUUGUAACUAUGAUCCAUCGAGAGAUUGUGUCAAUGAUAUUUGCAUUGAGGGUGCAUUAAGAAAUUAUUCGAAACGUGUCAUCGAUGCCAAGCUCGACGAUGUCCAACAUCAAGAAGCACUCAUGUUUCUUGUCCACUAUGUUGGUGAUGUUCAUCAACCGUUACAUGUCGGUUUCGCAGCAGACCUCGGAGGCAAUAGUGUCAGAGGUAAAUCUUUAUUUUCGAAUUCAAAACAAUACUAG